AUGUCUAGUUUCGAGGGGCCAUGCUCGGCCGGAGACGCCUCCGAUUACAUCAGCACCAGCAACACCGCCCUGCCUGUAAGCAUCACGCGACGCAACAUAGCGUCCGGCGGUCUUGGAAUCCUCCAGCACGCCGCCGCUCUAGGCGAUGAUGAGUCCGGCCGUGGAAUCCUUGGGUACUAA